GUUUGGACUACUAUCCCUUCCAGAAGUAGUACUACCCUAAAUAAAACUAAAAAUCUUUUCUCUAAAAUACCCAAUGGAAUCCCCGAUCUUUGGCUAAUUUAAACUGAAGUAUUCCUUAUGAAAUUGCUUUACUUAUCUUUGCAUAUUGCAAACAGUGUUUGUCUUUGUUUAGUUUUUAUGGCCCCCAAUCGGUGAAGGCUUAUCAGGCAAUUGAUAAAGCUCCGUAAUGGAAUCAACCAUCAAUAGAACGUAGAUUGGGCAGUUAGUGCCUCAAGAAACCUGAAACCCACCAGUUCGCUAGUACUUCCCUUUACGGCUUAUAAAAUGGCUCCUAAAAUCCGCCCACUCACGCCAGAGCUGCAAAAAGCGGCCAAAGAGCAGCUAAAGGAGGAUCCCCAACGUCUGGAAGCGGAUCUGCAGGCUUUUAGGACCUGGAUUGAGCAGCAGCCUCAUCUCAAUCCCCGCAUGGAUGAUCAGUUCCUGGUGGCCUUCCUGCGCGGCUGCAAAUUCAGUUUGGAGCGGGCCAAGUCCAAGUUAGAUAAGUUCUACACGCUGAAGACCAAGUAUCCGGAAUACUUUAAGGUUACGAGUACUACAGAGGGCAAGUUCCGGGAGAUACACCAAACGGGGGCCAUUAUCUACCUGCCCACUCCUUUGAAUGAAACAGGACCUCGAAUUGGCAUCUGGAGGAUGGGCUUGUGUCCCGUGGAGAAGUAUACCAUCCUGGAGUGCAUGCAAGUGGCCCAAGCCAUGCAGGAGAUUGCCAUUCUGGAGGACGACUAUGCCAAUGUCAAUGGAGUCGUCUUUAUAAUGGACUUAAAGGGAGCUACUGCCGCGCACAUGUUCCAAAUGACUCCCUCGAUGGCCAAGAAAUUUACUGUGUUUUCGGAGGAAGCUCUGCCGCUGCGUUUGAAGGCACAACAUUUUAUAAAUACCAUCACUGGAUUCGAACAGCUCUUCAACAUGUUCAAGCCGAUGAUGUCCAAGAAGAUGCAGUCACGACUCUUUGUGCAUGGCAACAAAAUGGAUCUGUUGACGGAACAGAUUCCUCUGAAAUAUCUCCCCGUGGAAUAUGGUGGCGAAAAUGGAACAGUGCCGGAAAUUGUGGCGGCGAUGGAGAAGAAAAUGGAUGAGUACAGCGACUUCUUCAGGGAUAAUGCCAACUAUGGAACCGAUGAAAGCCUGCGUCCGGGAAAACCCAUUGAUUUUGAGGGGCUUUUUGGAAUCGAAGGUUCCUUUAGGAAGCUCAAUGUGGAUUAACAUGAAUAUAUUCGUUCCAGAGAUUGCGUUUUUGUUAUCAUAAUUAUUUGUUGAAGUGAAAGACUUUUCCCAACCCUAUAAAUUAUAAAAAAACAUUCUUUUAAAUGAGAGCAAUAAUAUUUUAGAAAAUAGAUUUGAAGUUGAGGUAUUUUAAGGAUAAAUGCAAUAAUAGUUCAAUUGGUAUUAAAAUAUGUCCUUUUUUAUAGUA